AUGUAUAUACUGUAUGUUUUCCGCACAGUGCCAGGCUUCCCAUACCCAGCAGCCACGGCGGCAGCGGCGGCGUACAGAGGGGCACACUUAAGAGGAAGAGGGCGCACCGUCUACAAUACGUUCCGGGCAGCCGCGCCUCCCCCACACAUCCCAGCCUAUGGAGGUGUUGUUUACCAGGACGGAUUUUAUGGUGCAGAUAUUUAUGGUGGUUACGCUGCCUACCGAUACACUCAGCCUGCUACUGCUACCGCCGCUGCCUACAGUGACAGUUACGGACGAGUUUAUGCUGCCGACCCCUACAACCACGCACUUGCUCCAGCAGCCACAUACAGCGUUGGUGCCAUGAAUGCUUUCGCUCCCUUGACUGAUGCCAAGACCAGAAGCCACGCCGAUGAUGUGGGUCUCGUUCUUUCUUCUUUGCAGGCUAGUAUAUACCGAGGUGGAUACAGUCGUUUCGCGCCAUACUAAAAAAAAAACCUUUCAAAACCUAUUGAGAAUCUUCCUGUGGGGGUAAAGGAGGAGUAAUUCAGAGGCCUGGGUAUUGCAAUACAUGCAGUAGUGCAUCAUUUUAGCAUCUCUUAAGAGAGAGAAGACAAAAACGGAUAUUUUUCAUCUUAUACCUCAGAUAUUUUGUGCUGUGUAUUUUAAUAUUGUGGGUUUUUAAUUUCUAAAGAUUACAUAGAUUGUUGGCUGUAGAGGUUUCUGUGGUGAUCUAGAGAGCUGCUAGAUUUUAAAAAGAUGAAAAAAAAUAAGAAGAUACAAAUUGUUAGGGCUUUAUCAUGUAAAUGAGUUAUGUAUGAUAAAUAUUCAAGUCACUUCGGGGUUAUCAUAUUUUGUAAGAGUGUAAGUGACUAGAGUCGUCCAGUGGUUUACGCUUUCGUUGACAUCGCCUUUCGUCUUUCUUUUGGUUUCUUUCGCUUCUGGGUUCUGUGCCGUAAAGGAAGAGUGCGCAGGGGGUUGUGGGUAGGCGUAGAUACGGGCAUCUGCGUGGUGGGAAGACCGAAAGACCGGGGACUGCCAGUAAAGUCGGUGUAGUUCCCCGAGCGCAGAGAAGACACAGAGCCGGUCAAAGAGACCACUGAGGUAUCGAUUAUUUAAGCUGUCUUAUAUCAGUCAUUACUCAAAGCCAAAGGUUAUGUUCCUGGGGUGUUCAAUGUGUAUAUUCAGACUAUACAUAGCAGCUCGUAGAAACUCCCCAAAAAUUCAUCAUGACAGUCUUUUACUGUUUAACUAUUAUCUAGUCCUCAAGUCAGACCCUCGCUAGUUUAGGCCUACCACGAGUUGUUCUUUUUAUAUUACAGUACUUCCAGUACGUCGAUUGAUAUAAAUGCUGACUUUUAUAAUACGGGAGAGACAAAACACGAAAAAGAAAAAAAAGAUGGCGGCGGUUGCGCCGGUUAUAUAUAUUUUUUUUCUUUUCUUUUUUUUUCUUUUUUUUUUUCUUUCUUUUUUUUCUCAGAAGUUAAGAAACUGAUUAUUUGUACAAGAUGAGACUGGGAAAAAAUAAACAGUGUAUUAAAUUUGAUCUGUGCAGUGAAAAUGUUCUCUUAUACGAAAAACACAACUGUAUAAUGUUUUAGAUUUAGUGUGGUAGACCAACUGUUAGAGAAAGGUGUCUCAUUUUUUAUGGAAUCAUACACAGAUUUAUAUCAACACUUUACAAGUAAUGCAAUCAUUAUGUAGAUAUAAUCAUAGUAUUUUUGUCAACUGUACAAUUUUGCACACACAACCUGCAAUUUUUUCAUCACCACCACUUCUCACUUGUGAGACGUUCCGUUGUCCGUUUUCUUUUGGUUCUCUGCUUCUUCCGAGUGUUUCGUUUUGAUAUCAUUUUUAAUGUGACAUCCUUUGUACUAUUAUUUUCUAGAACACAGCCUUUACACUUUGAAACUGUUUGAUUUUCGAGAAACUGAGAAAUAUAUGACUUGUGAAAAAGAUAUCUAUAUGUAAAUAGGAAUAAUGAUAACUAUGUCAUUUACAAGUGCUACACAAACAAGCUGUCGAGGUGUUCUUGAAGAGUCGCAGCUUGGCUGUGCAUAUGCGAAGACUUCCCUUCAUGUUGUUUACAAGUAUACCUAAUUAGAGGUGUUUGUCACAUAUCUCAUUUUUCUUUAUUUUGUAUUUAUAAAAGUUUCAAUUGCAUUAAAUACAAACAAAAGAGCAGCUUCAAUUUAUCCGGCUGCAAAUAUCCUCUUGUGUACUGUGUGCGUCACAUCACACAACUUGGCAAAAAUAUCUUACCCACUGCUGUGAUUCUGCUCUUUCUGCUUUAAGUACGUGUUGUGGACAGGCUUUCUCCUUGUCAUUGUAUGUGCAUGCACUAUGAUCUGCAUAACAAUAACCAUCAAUAAAGUUUCUCAAGAUAACGGGAA